CUGAGCUUGGAAAUGGCAUGUUCAGAGACCUGGCAGGAGUCAGGAAAGUCCUCGAUGGUGACCUGUUAAUUCUGACUGAGACCAGGGUUUAAAUGGCAUCUCUUCUGUCGGCCUGGCUUGAGAACGGGGGACAUUUAUUCAGAGCAAUGGGCUCUGGAGUCGGAUUCAUCAUCGGAUACCCAAGCCCCAGCAAAGAGACUGGAGACAGAAGGUCUAGGUGCACACCGCGAAGCCUGGUUGUCAUGUCGAACCAGUCAUCAGGGAAGGCAGAGCCCCUCUGGCCUCGCCCCCCGGCACCCUGCCCUCGAGAGCCCCGCGUCCCAUAGGCAGAGCCUGGCAGUCCGUCUUGGUUAAUGCCGCCGGCCGUCUGACCAGUCCCCCUUGUGUGCCUCCUCUGAGGUUUUUGCCCAUCCCUGAUCCUGGGCAGCUUCUCUCUGGGCUGGAUCACCUUCGGCGGGAAACUGAAGCCCUUACUCUCCAAGCCCUGUUUCGUCUUCCCAAGCAUGUCAGAAAGCUGGCAGCAGCCCCCGCAGACGCAGCCCCAGCACCACGCGGAGCCACCACCCGCCCUGGCCGAGCACGCGCUGCCCCCGGGCUCGGCCGAGAACCCCCUGGGCUGUGCCGUCUACGGCAUCCUCCUGCAGCCGGACCCGGGCCUCCAGCCCCCGCAGCACGCGCCCCUGCCGGCGGCCGGCGAGCCGGGCCCCAAGUGCGGCGUGUGUGGUCACGACCUGGCGCACCUGUCCAGCCCGCACGAGCACCAGUGCCUGGCGGGCCACGACCGCUCCUUCCAGUGCACGCAGUGUCUCAAGAUCUUCCAUCAGGCCACAGACCUGCUGGAACACCAGUGUGUGCAGGCCGAACAGAAGCCUUUCGUCUGCGGCGUCUGCAAGAUGGGCUUCUCGCUGCUCACCUCGCUGGCGCAGCACCACAGCGCGCACAGCGGCGCCAGCGGCCUGGUGAAAUGCUCCAUUUGCGAGAAGACCUACAAGCCGGCCGAGGCGUAUUUCUAUCAAGUGAAUUCCUGGAGGUAUAAUUUGUAG